GCGAGCCGCCGGAACUAGGGCCCGGGAGCUGGCCGCCCGAGGGGUGCGGCUGCAGAAUUAGCGGGGGUCACUUACUGCCGUCUUCUCCGCAGUUAGAGGUGCGCCUGGCCAGCAGGCGUCCUCAGAGAGAACCCCCCUCUCAUAUAUCAUCGAGGGACUCUGUUGAGGGAGGCACCAAGAGAGGCCGAAAAAGGAAAGCUUCUAAAGAGGAACGAACCCCUUGAAAGCUACUCUUUAGGAAUCAAGUCUCUUUGUGACUCUGACUUCACAAAUGGCCUCUCCUCCAUUAUUCCAACCUUCCCUUCAAUCCUACACCACCUUCUCCAGCGCCGCCAGUGGACGCUUCUUUUUCUAAAAACGUUAUUUCUAUGGGUUGCUGCCAAGUCUAUGAAAAGGUGGAAAGAAGGUUUGGGGAACUAGGGUAAAGGCCUGUGUUUUCUGCAUUUUCUACUGCUUUCCAAACCCCUUAGUAAAGGGCGGUGGGCGAAGGAGGAGUCGUACUUUCACAGAGGACAGACACCGAGGGAAGGUAGUGGAGACAGAAUCUAGGAGUCAGUCUACAAGAAUAUCCCAGAUAUCAGAGAAAAUAGACUGGGAGGCUGUAGGUAGGUGAAAUGGAAAGUGCCGUCUUUGGAAUAGAACAAAAACGUAGCUGGGAAGCUCCGGAGACCUUGCUUAACCUUGUUAUAUCAUGUUUUACAAGAAGAUUGUAGCUCCCAUCUUACAGAGUUGUGCAGAAUUGGAAAUAUGAUAUAUGAGGCACUUGGUACAUAUUUGCCGUCAGUAACUAGUAAAAAUUGAUAGUUAUGCUGUAAAUAUUUUUCUCUCUCCUUUACCCAGGAACUUUAUUUUUAGUGUCUUCUGUCUGGGGGCCUCCAGCCUCCGAAUUAUCUAGGACCCUGGUGAACCUUACAAAUCUUCAGAUUUUUUUUCAUCCCCCACUUCAUUUGGUGUCUUCCAGCUGGACACAAACUCAUUCCUAAAAUAUGCAGAUGGAAGCUGUGGUAACCAUGGAGACAGGGCAGGUGGCAAGGAGAGGCAGACAGUGAGAGAGACCAAUAGUGACAAACAGGAAUAGAGAAGACAGAGUGAUUCGGACAGGGGCCUUCCAACAAGAUGGAAAAAUGAGUCUAAGCAAGAUCGAGAGCAAAGAGAUACAAUGAAAGAGGGUGUGCGUUACAUGCUCUGCUCAUCUCCUUGCCCCUUUCCUAUCCCCGCCCCCGCUUCCCGGGCAGGGGGAAGAGGUGUCUGGGAAUGACCCUUGCCCUAUCUAAAAAUGCCCGGGAUAUCCAUCAUCUUCACACUUAUCUAGGAGCUCUAAAUAAGGGAGCUGAAGGUGUGUAUUCUCUGUGGUGUGUAUUCUGUUUCGGAAGGACUAGACUGGGGCUGCACUGCUGUGUCUAACUCCAGGCUGGACCAUGUUUCCCUGGCAUGAAGACAACCAGAUUCUCUGCAGUGUGGACGCCGAUGUGGAUCUUAAUCGCCUCCCUCCACCUCUCUGCAAUAGUGUGCCAUAUGCCGUGUGUGGCAGUCAGGUCUGGCGCACAGGAGCGCAUAAACACACUGAGUGGAGAUCUGCUGAAGCUCCUCGAAGAAUCCGAACGCUCGCUGUAUAGGUCGCAGAGGAGUCUCCUAAGGAAUGCUUAGCUUCUCUCCUCCGGAGCCGGCGCUGUGCCCGGGGCGCACCGGGAGGAGGGACCAGGAUCCGGCGCUGGGGCGCAGAUACUGACACCAGGGGAAUCCGGGCACCCCCCCACACCACCACCACGCCAUAUGAGCCCCCUGGAACUCGGCUCCUGCAUUCCAGCUGCUCCAUGGCCGCGUCUCCAAUCCUGGCCUGGCAGAAAUUCUGCGGACAUUCAGGGAUAGGUUUCACCACUGAGACCUCAGGCCUCUGCCAGCCACAAGCCCCAGAUCCCUAACCAUCCUCGGCAGGUCCCAGUCCCGGUUCUAUCGGUGCUUUCGCCCCAGCCGCAGCUAUGCUGCACACCGAAGGACACGCUCUUCUUCGGGCCGUGGGUCAGGGUAAGCUACGCUUGGCCCGUUUGCUUCUGGAGGGAGGAGCAUACGUGAAUGAGGGUGAUGCCCAGGGGGAGACUGCGCUAAUGGCGGCCUGUCGGGCCCGCUACGACGACCCCCAGAAUAAGGCGCGCAUGGUACGCUACCUCCUGGAGCAAGGCGCAGACCCCAACAUCGCAGACCGCCUAGGGCGCACCGCGCUCAUGCACGCUUGCGCCGGGGGUGGGGGUGCCGCAGUGGCCUCGUUGCUCCUUGCCCACGGCGCAGAUCCCUCAGUCCGAGAUCACGCAGGCGCCUCGGCGCUUGUCCAUGCCCUGGACCGCGGAGACCGCGAGACCCUUGCCACACUCCUGGACGCCUGCAAGGCCAAGGGCACGGAGGUCAUCAUUAUAACCACGGAUACCUCGCCCUCGGGCACCAAGAAGACCCGGCAGUAUCUCAAUUCCCCUCCGUCCCCCGGGGUGGAGGACCCUGCUCCCGCUCCUCCUAGCCCGGGGGUCUGCACUUCGCCUUCGGAAAUCCAAUUGCAAACUGCAGGAGGACGAGGAUUGUUAUCCCCUCGCGCCCAGGAAGAAGAGGAGAAGCGGGACGUAUUUGAAUUCCCUCUUCCUAAGCCCCCUGAUGACCCCUCCCCUUCUGAGCCGCUCCCCAAACCGCCUCGACACCCCCCGAAACCACUCAAAAGGCUUAACUCCGAGCCCUGGGGCCUAGUGGCUCCGCCCCAACCUGUCCCUCCCGCCGAAGGAAGACCCGGGAUCGAGCGCCUAACCUCGGAAUUCAAUGGUCUGACUCUGACGGGUCGACCCCGUCUUUCCCGACGUCACAGCACGGAAGGCCCAGAGGAUCCUCCCCCUUGGGCGGAAAAAGUGACUGGCGGAGGUCCUCUCUCUCGCCGAAACACGGCGCCCGAGGCUCAAGAGUCUGGUCCCCCUUCAGGGCUACGCCAAAAACUGAGCCGCAUGGAGCCGGUGGAGCUCGACACCCCCGGACAUCUUUGCCCUGAUUCACCUGAGUCCAGUCGACUGUCCCUCGAACGUCGCCGAUACAGCGCCUCCCCGCUGACCCUCCCUCCAGCCGGCUCGGUUCCCUCCCCGCGUCAGUCCCAGGAAAGUCUGCCCGGGGCUGUAUCUCCGUUGAGCGGGCGGAGGCGGAGUCCCGGGCUGCUGGAACGGAGGGGCUCAGGGACGCUGCUCCUGGACCACAUCUCCCAAACGCGGCCGGGUUUCCUGCCCCCUCUCAACGUCAGUCCCCACCCCCCUAUCCCCGACAUUCGCCCCCAACCCGGAGGUCGGGCGCCUUCACUGCCUGCCCCUCCCCACCCUGGGGUGCCCGGCUCUCCCAGGACCAAGCGCAAGUUGGUGAGACGCCACUCCAUGCAGACUGAGCAGAUCCGCCUGCUAGGGGGCUUCCAAAGCCUAGGCGGGCCAGGGGAAUCAGGGCGCUGAGAUAAGUGGGAGGAGCCAAGGAGGGCGGGGAUCAGACAUUGAUGGGACAGAUUGGAGAACCAGCUCUUACGCAUACCUUGGACACAGGGAUCUCUUGCAUGUGCUUAUGGCACGAUGCACGUACACAUGGGUAAACGUGUCCACAAGCACAGCAAACUUAUUAGCAAAGAAGGAUAAGUACUCCAUUAACUGGGUUACAGACAUAAGAAUUCGUGCCCUGGUCAUUUCACAAGCAUGUGGGAUUACUUGAAUACCCACAGGCACAGCACACCAAUAUACACAGAGGACCACUUGUGCUAGGGUCCAAACUCACUUGCAUUUGUUCAGAAGCAGUAAGGACCCCUACUUAUGGGUAUUCUCCUAUAUCUUUGCCCUCCUGCAGAAGCAAUCCCUUGCUUUCCAUGUAUGCCCUGCAACACAGCCUAUCAUGAUUUUGCACACUCUACUUUCUCAUGAAUUUUCCACUCCAUUUUGCAGGUCUUGCUUCUCUCUCCAGGCCUGGCUCCUUGUUCACCCCCUGCUUCCAACCCCAAACACUUUUCAGGAUAUCUCUUCACUUCUUGGGGUUCCUGCAGCAACUCCCUGUCUCAGUGCUGCUCUUUCCUGCUCUCAACUUCCUACUUUUUAUUCCCACCCUGUUCUCUCAAACACUACAACAGGUUGUCUCAUUUUCCCAAGGGGUGGGUCAUGGGCUCUAAACUGCUCUACUGUCGGUCUGAGCUUAUGAACACUCCCACAAGUAGAAGUGGGGAGUAGUUCUAAAUCACUCCUCACUCCACUUGACAUAUCAAAUAAAUGUGUUCAGAAGUC